UGUCUGCGCCCUUACACACGCUGUUGACAUGCUAUCGAAAUGCGGGAUAAGCCCUGUGUAUAAAGUCCCUGGCGAUCACCACCCUUAAUCUUAUUCGUACACACCUGCCUAAGUGAAUUUCUUUCUCAUAACAAUGCGUGGGCUAGUCCAACAAAAAGUGCUGAAGAUUUUAUGUGCAAACUGUUGCAGACUUGUCAAAGUUUUUGGACGAAGGGAGAUUACUCACGUGCGUUUACUCAGUGAGAGCAACCGUAAGCUUGUAUUAGGUAUCGAAACAAGCUGCGAUGAUACAGGCGCUGCUGUUGUGGACGAUCAUGGGAACAUUGUUGGAGAUGCAUUGAAUUCGCAGACAAGGUUCCAUGUUCAGCUUGGCGGAAUCAUCCCUCCGUUUGCCAGAGAUCUGCACCAGGAAAACAUAGAAAAUGUGGUGGAAAAAAGCUUGACAAAUGCUCAUGUCAAAUUGGAGGAUAUGACAGCCAUAGCCGUAACAGUGAAGCCGGGUUUGCCGCUGUCCUUGCUGGUUGGACUCACCUAUGCCAAACAACUGGCACUUAGAUCAAGCAAACCUUUAAUUCCUAUCCACCACAUGGAGGCUCACGCCUUGACUGCCCGCAUGACUCAUGGGGUGCGAUUCCCAUUUCUGGUCCUGCUGCUUAGCGGAGGACACUGUCUGCUGGCCGUGGCGCAGGAUGUAGAUGACUUUCUGCUGCUGGGGAGGGGCAUAGAUGACUCCCCAGGGGAUGCCUUUGACAAGACAGCUCGUCGCCUUAAGCUGAAGAACAUCGCUCAGUUUGCCAGCAUGAGCGGAGGUGAAGCAGUGGAGAGGACGGCCCAGGGCGGAGACCCACGAGCGUUUGAGUUCCCCGCAGCGGUCAUGUCACAUCACAGACACUGUGACUUCUCCUUUGCUGGCCUGAAGUACCAUGCCCACAAACUCAUAGAGAAAGAAGAGGCUAAGUAUGACACUGCCCCAGACCAUAUUAUCCCCAGUGCCCCAGAUGUCUGCGCCUCAUUUCAGUUCUCAGUCCUCCGACAUCUGGCUCAGAGGCUCCAACGGGGAUUCCUCUUCUGUGAUCUCAAAGGCCUCUUGGACAGUCCCAGAACUCUGGUUGUAUCAGGAGGGGUGGCCAGUAACCAGUUUAUACGUUCAGGCCUGGAGAAGGUGUGUGCUGCCCAUGACUGUAGCCUCGUCUGUCCACCGGCUCACCUCUGUACAGACAAUGGUGUCAUGAUAGCCUGGAAUGGAAUGGAAAAGUUACAGCGAGGCAUUGAUUUGAGGCAUGACGUUGACUCCCUGGAUAUACAGGCGAAGUGCCCACUUGGAGUGGAUUUACGAGAGGAAGUUCAUAAAGCAACCAUCAAACUCCGACGAAUUAAACUAUUAUGA